UUCAUUCUUGUACUCUCACAUACAUACAUUCUCCUUUCACAUACAUAUAUUUUCACUCUCACAUACACAUAUUCUUCUUUCACAUACGUUUAUUUUCGCUCUCACACAAACAUCCAUUCUUCUUUCACACACAUAUAUUUUUACUCUCACAUACAUAUAUUUUCCUUUUACAUACAUAUAUUUUCACCCUCAGAUACAUAUAUUUUUGACUCACACAUACACAUAUUCUUCUUUCAAAUACUUAUAUUUUCACUCUCACGUACAUACAUUUUACUCUUAUAUUUCUAUAUUUUAACACACACAAACAUAUAUUUUUCUUUCAUAUUUCUAUAUUUAUCAUACAUGUUCAUACAUUUUUUUCUCUCAUGCAUAUGCAGUCAAAAUUUUAAAUAAUACAUGUAUAUGCGAAGAAAACGUAUGCAUGUGUGAGGAAAGUAUACUACUGUGAGAGAAGAAUGUAUGUAUGUGUAAGAAAGUAUAGUGGAAACGGAAGGAGUAUAGUGGAAACGGAUGGCAGAACAUUUAUCGCGCAGUGAUGGGCUGUCAACCUCACGCUGUGAUUGGCUGAGAUACUACGGCAGGGUCAUCUUCAGGUCGCGGUCAGCAUGGACGGAGAUGAGACGAACGCUUUGCAGCAAGCAAUUGGAGUUUUAAGGACUAUUUUAACAUCUUCUGAUACUAUUUCUGCCAUUGAGCGGCAAAGGACGUCCUCAUCUGCACCGAACGUUGUUCACAGCACGGCAGAAAGUGAAAUGAGACAACUUUUCAGACCAGGUGGCAACUCACAAGACCCUGCUACAGUACAUGCACCUCAAGCUAACCAAGGCCAAACCGGAGGAUCACGGCAGUCUUUGCGAUUUCAAACUCAGCAACACUUUGGCAAUUGGGGCUCUCGUCCGAGGAAACGGGCCAAAAUUCAACAUCACAAUACUUUCAACAAGGAUGUUAUUCUUCUUUCGAAGCCAUCAAGCAGUGUCGUUGUCAAGCAUCGCACUAAGCAACAGUUACAUGAACACGGACAUAUAUUGAAUGGGUUUGAAUUCCAGAAGUCUUGGGACCAGAAGACUGUCACUGAACAAAUAAGGGAAGCCUUUGGAGAAAAACUGUCUGCUGAAGUGAGCCUUGAAUUUCUGAUGGCAUGUGGCAACAGGUUGAUUUCCCCCAAACUGCGUGCUGGACAGGAACUGGAUGCAAAUCUCAUACACAAAGUAUAUAAAUCGAAAGCCCUAUACCUCAGACCAUCAAAGCCAAUUUUGGAACUGGAUGAUGAUCCUGUUAAGGAUGAUAGCAGCGGUGACGACAAUUUGAGUUCAACUCGCCAACUGCGGUCCUCAUCUCUAACACAAGUUAGACACUGUUAUACAUCUUCAGACAGUUUGACUAGUCCAACAACUGCUUCCCCAUCAAACAAUACUUCUGCAGUUCAGUCUUUUGCCUCAUCACAUGGACGUGAAGUCUUAUCCACUCAUACUCCAGCCUCAACCUACCACAGCAAUAUCUCACCUAACACCACCAUUUCAGCGAGCGGUUCUUCUAAUCAUCUGCCAGUAUGUCCUUCCACCAGUCCGCCUUCUGCUCUACCAUUUGGAGGAACAACUUCAGUUCCAGAUCCAAACCUGGUCUUGACUUGGCCAAACAGUACAAGCUUACCCUACCAAAGCAGCACUCUAGCAAGUCCUUCCUCUGAGUUACCCUCUACCUCAACACACCCUCAAGCAACAAACUAUGACACCUACCUUUCAAUAAUGUCUGUACUGUCUGACCUUUCCUCUGAUGAGGAGGAACUGAACCAGGCUAUACUAGAAAGCUUGCAUAGUGAAAGAACCACAGGAUCUAUGAUGCCAGCAAAAGAUAUCUUGCAAGAUCUUGCAACAAAAAUAACCCAACACAAGAGAUGCAAGUUUAACAUUAACCGAUCAACAGUCUUGGAUGGAGCUAUCAGAGGUUUUAAACGAGGGACAUAUGAUCCAUGUCACACUAUUUCUGUCAGAUUUUCUGAUGAUAUGGGAGUACCUGAAGAGGCUGUGGACUUGGGUGGACCAAGAAGGGAAUUUCUAACACUGCUUAUGGAAGCUUUGCCAAGAUCUCAAAUGUUUGAAGGAGAAGAAGGCAAAAUGAACUUGGCCUUUGACAGUACUGCCAUGAGAGAGGACCGGUACUUCAUUGCAGGGAGGGCCAUCGCAGUAAGCCUUGUACACGGUGGUCCACCCGCACGCUUUCUGUCCCCAACUCUCUUCUCUUGCCUUGUUGACGGCCCAGAACUGGCAAAGCCAGUAUUGGCAGAUGUUGCAGAUAGUGACCUACGUGACAACAUCAAAAGGGUCAUAGAGUGUAAAGCAUUUGAAGAACUGCUAGCAACAACAGGCCCACUUGAGGAGUAUUUGGCCAAUGCUGGCUGCCUAAGGCCACUGCGAAAGUUGGAAGACAAGAACCUGCUUGUAGACGACAUCCUGAUGUUUCAAGUGAUGCACAGAGUGCGUGGUCCUUUCGAGAGAUUUAGGGAUGGACUGAGAACACUUGGUGUGCUGGACAAAAUCAAAGCUUACCCGGAGAGUUUUCGCCCCCUUCUCUGCUGGUCUCCUACAACCCUGACAGCUGACCUGGUUGAAAGCCUCUUCACCAUCCGCCUUUCUCCAGCUGGCAGCAAUAAAAGGCAUUCUGAAGAAGUUGUUGUUCCUUUCUGGAGAGACUACCUCUCAGAUGCAGAAGAGCAAGAAGAAACACAGAAGCUCGGGAUGAUUCUUGCCUUUGCCACUGGAGCCAAUAUUGUUCCACCAAUUGGCUUCUCUCCACAGCCUUCAAUUGAAUUUCUUCACCAAGAGCAUGAUGCAGGAACUUCUUCUAAACUACCCAUUGCAAACACAUGCAUUAAUUGUCUGAAGUUACCACUGCACAGUUGUUACAAAGACUUUCAGGAAAACAUGGACUUUGCAUUGGGCAAUACCCAUGGAUUUGGCAUGGCUUAAUAUGCAUGCAGAGUGGCCUUGUUCUCAGUAUUCUGUUGAAAGGUUGAGCUCACACACAGAUACUGUGUAGAUAGAUACAGAUACAUGAAGCAGCACUGAAAUAAGAACAAAACCGUUCCUGACACGCAUAUGUUUUUUGUGUCUCAUCAUUCCACAAUUUGGAGUGUUUUUCUGUGUGCAAAAUACAUAUUUGUUUUAUUUUUUUUUUAAGGAAGGUUCAUAGGAAGUACAGUUCAGAUUGUCAGAGUUCAGUGAAUGUAAAAUAAUAUGUAAUGCAGAAAUCUAUUGUGGAGUAAACUUAAAAUUUAAAAAUUUGGCUUGGUUGUGUGGCCAGGAUGAUCUUGCCAGUAAUAUUGAAACUGCUUGUUUUCAGUGAUAAUUCGUAUAUACAUGUAAUUGGUAUUUCAAUUUUGAUGGUGUCUGUUAUAAUCAUCUGUGCUUGAUUGCAUUACAUACUCCUACAUUUAUUUGCAUUGACCAUUAAAACAAAGUAUUUUUGAGCUUCAAGAGUUCAUAUCUUACUGUUGGGAUAACUGGAUAAAGUGUACAAGCAUCCUAUAGGUGACACACUGACAGACCUGACUUAUUGUCUAACAUUAAAUAUUACUGAGUAAGGAAUUGCUUACUAAAACUGAUACACUACUACACGCCGGCAUUAGGUUGACAGAUUGUAAUUUAUACUGGUGACAAAAUAAUUAGUGAUGCCCUAUACUUUUUAGUCUUGUUCUUUGACUACUAAAAUUUGUUUCUCUUGAUUUCCAUUUCUGCAGAUUCCCAAUUUAUUUAUGUUAGAUUUUGUUUAUCCUGUUCAACAAAAGACAAAUGUUAAAACAAUUCAGAUUUAUAUCACAUUUAUUGAGAUGUCUAGAGCCAAAAGCAGUGUUUCAUGUUUUACCUUUUUCAGAAACAAUUUUUUGAACAUACAGUAUAAGCAUGAUACCAUGACCUUAAAACUGUAAACAGUAUGUUUCAAGAAAGUGGUGUUCUGUCACAUAGACAGUGAAAGGCAGUUUUGCUCUAUAUUUCACAACUAUAGUAAGUAAAUGUAUAUGCUUCUAUUGAUUGAUUGAUUGGUUGAACAUAAUCUUUGUGAAGUUAUGCAGUAUAGCUCCUGGAUGGGUUUGGUUUGUCUUUUAAGACCGCAUUAUGAUUACAAUAUUAGGAAUGCCUCUCAAGAAAAUGCACAAGGUUGCAAAAUAAAUCUAUACCAUUAUUUCCAUCAUCUUCAAAUGGAUCAAAGGCCUGCUGAAGUGUCGUCAUUGUUGUAUCACUGAUAGUAAUGUUCAAUGAUGGAACAACAACAACAUUGUUUGUCUGUAACUGUGAGAGUGGUCUGUCAUCAAUAGCAAAGUCACUGUCUAUGUCAUAAACACCAUUCAUACUAGGGUUAUGAAUUCCAACAUUAUUCACUAUGCCCCUUUGCCACAGCUGAAGUGGAGUUUGCCCCCCUUGUGUUGAGAGGCCAUGGUUGUUCCACUGGUUCUGAAAUUCAGUCGCAGCCCUUUCAAUUCGUGGCAAAUAAAUGUAAUGAAGACAAAAUAAAUGGAUUUCAUUAAGUGAAUCUAAUACAUUAUUCUGUUCCAUAAAGUUGAACAGAUUAACAAAAUGAAAUGACACUACUCUAUUUAGCUCUGCCCAUAAUCUCUCUAUUCUUUGAUUAUGGACUGAUCUGCCAGUGAUAACACUAUGUCUGUUCAACCCUCUCCUGUAAAGCAUGAAACGGGCAACACCAGUGUUUUCCAUUCCAUGGUCACAUCUCACCCUGGAUGGUAAUCCAAAGUUCUGAACACCAGUCAAGAAAAGUGACAAAACACUAGCGGCUCUGUUGUUGUCUAGACAAGCAAGAUAAAUGAUGGUUCGACUAAAACCAUCUACACAGCCGUGGAACACCAUCCUCCAUCUCACAAGUUUGUGGUUUCCAUCAAUGUGCCUAAGGAAAUUAGGAAAAGGGGGGGAAAUAUAUUGUAAAUUGUGCAUCAACAAUUGUUAAAAAAAAAUUAAAUUCUUCUUUACUUUAGAUACUUAAUUUAGCAGUAGUCAUUCCACAGAAUGUCAAAUUUAGAGUCUCAAAUUCAUAGGACCUCCCAAUAUUCCUACUCCAAAUUCUUAGUUAUUUUUCUGAAGUCUAGCCAUUGGAGAUUCAUUUAAUCAAUUGCUUACUUUUCAAGGGUUGGGUUGUAAUUAUUAAUAAACACCCAAGAAAUCCCUAGUUUGUUUCCCUAAAACCUCAUCACUGAGAUUUCAGACAAAAGACAUCACACCACAUAGAAAGAAUAGAAUUGUAUAAAUUACUUUUGCUGAGUGUUUAACAGUGAUCAAAUUUUCCCUCAACAGUCUUUCUUUUUUUUUGGCUGCUAGUUAACCAAAUUUGGAUCUGUGUAGAUAAAUAAAUAAUAAUAAUAAAAUUAUAUAUAUAUAUAAAGAAAUGUAAAAUAAAAAUGGUAAGAUAUUUUGUCAGUAUAUUUUCCUCUGAGGGGUUAUUUGAAUUUCCCUGGAACAUGGGGAAAGAAAUCUGAAUUCUGGGUGAGUAACUUUGUGCAUUUUGAUUUACAUUUAGUAUUUCUGUUGGGAAUUUACUCACCAUAAUUCAUUGGGGUUUGGAACACUGUAUAUUCGUCGGCGUAUUGCAUGGCGUCUUCUGAGGGAUCGCCCAAUGGGAUCAAUUUCUUGCAGACUCUGUCUAACACGCCACCUUUGAAUACGUAGCCCACGUGACCUUAAGCUCCCCUGAACAUAUCGUUCACCUGCAUUUGUGGUUGACUGAAGAAUUUCAGUGACAACUCUGUUCAGGUUGUCAUUUGACAGUGUUGCAUAUGUCAGUGGCUGAAUACCAAGCAGCUGUCUGUGCCUGUAGAGAGUCCGACAGCUAACUCCUAAGCAUGUUGCGAUGCUUUGCCAGUUCAU